CCCGGCUACGGUAGGCGGGGAGGGCCAAGCUUGCUGCCGUCCCCGCGCCCGCAGCCAUGGAGGCCGGGCCUCCCCCGCCGCUGCCCAGCGGGCUGCCCGUGUUCCGCGAGGAGGGCUUCGGGGACAAGUUCCUGAGGAAGACCCGCGAGAACCCCCUGGUGCCCCUGGGCUGCCUGUGCACCGUGGGCGUGCUGACCUACGGCCUCAUCAGCUUCAAGCGAGGCCACACGCGCCGCUCGCAGCUGCUGAUGCGGGCGCGGAUCCUGGCCCAGGGCUUCACCUUCGCGGCCCUCCUGGGGGGCAUGGUGGUGACGGCCAUGAAGGCGAGGAAGUGAGAGCCUCCCACGGGCCCUGGGGUGCUGGCAGUGCGGUUAAUACACCCCUCGUUAACCUGA